GCCAACACUACGGCCAACCCUAAGAUCAAACUGCAUACCAAAACUAAUGCCAAAACUAUUAACAGAAACAACAUAUUUGAGGACUCGUAUCGAUCCAUUUCCAGCAUAAGUCGCGUCGAUUUACUCAAAACCAAAUUAUGGCUUGAGUUUGAUCAGGAAGAGGUGCUGGACUAUGGUGGCGCCUCCAGGGAAUGGUUUUAUUUGCUCUCCAAAGAGAUGUUUAAUCCAUAUUAUGGUUUGUUUGAGUACUCGGCUGCGGAUAACUAUACGCUUCAAAUAAACCCAUUCUCUGGGAUGUGUAAUGAGGAGCACUUGUCUUACUUUAAGUUCAUCGGACGUGUGGCUGGAAUGGCUAUAUUUCACGGCAAACUUUUGGAAGCCUUCUUCAUCCGACCCUUCUAUAAGAUGAUGUUAGGAAAGCCCAUCCAAUUGAAGGACAUGGAGAGCGUGGACACCGAGUAUUUCAAUUCUCUCAAAUGGAUCCUAGAGAACGAUCCUUUGGAGCUCGACCUC